AUGGAUGAAGAGGCUUCUUCUUGGAUUAGGAGGGCAAAGUUUUCUCAAACGGUUUCUUAUCGUCUGAAUCCGUCAAAGCUAUCAUCUCUCCCCUUUACGGUAAACCAAGAGAAGCCUGCCGGACUGAAAACAAGACCCCAGAGCCAGACUUCAUCGUCGUCGUCAUCAUCAUCAUUGGAUCCAAAGUUGGUUUCAAGCAACUCACAGAAGGCUACGGAGGAUCCCGCUAGUUUGAAAGCUGAUGUGUAUGUUGUUGAUUCGGAAAUUCAGAGAAACCCGGUGACUAAUAAACAGAGAUCGGUUUCUCCCUCUCCUCAGAUGGCUCUUCCUGAUGUGUUUAAGGAAGCUAGGUCUGAGCGGAAGAGAUUCUCUACUCCGCAUCCAAGAAGAAUGGAGUCAGAAAAGGGGAUGAAGGCGAAGCUUUCCCAUAAAAACUCUUUCGAGAAGAGAUCUUUCAACUUACGGUCCCCAUCAGUUCCUAUCAGAGACUUAGGCACUCUGAGGAUUCAAGAGAGGGUGAAGAGCAAGAAGGACACCGGAUGGUCUAAGCUUUUUGAUAACGGUGGUCGUAGAGUGAGUGCUGCGGAAGCUUCUGAAGAGUACCGCGUUGAUAUGUCGAAGCUCUUCUUUGGGCUGAGGUUUGCUCACGGGCUGUAUAGCCGGCUGUACCAUGGGAAGUACGAAGAUAAAGCUGUUGCCGUGAAGCUCAUCACUGUGCCUGAUGAUGACGAUAAUGGAUGCUUGGGUGCUCGCUUAGAGAAACAGUUUACCAAGGAAGUCACGCUUUUGUCCCGGUUGUGCCACCCCAAUGUUAUUAAGUUUGUGGGAGCGUAUAAAGAUCCGCCUGUGUAUUGCGUCCUCACGGAGUACUUACCUGAAGGCUCUUUGAGAUCUUUUCUGCACAAGCCAGAGAACAGGUCUCUUCCUUUGAAGAAGCUGAUAGAGUUUGCUCUAGAUAUUGCGAGAGGGAUGGAGUAUAUUCACUCGCGGCGCAUAAUUCACCGGGAUCUUAAGCCGGAGAACGUUUUGCUGGACGAAGACUUCCAGUUGAAGAUUGCUGACUUUGGGAUAGCGUGCGAGGAGGAGUACUGUGACAUGUUGGCUGAUGACCCGGGAACAUACAGGUGGAUGGCUCCUGAAAUGAUAAAACGGAAACCACAUGGACGUAAGGCUGAUGUGUACAGCUUUGGACUCGUUUUGUGGGAAAUGGUCGCUGGAGCUAUCCCGUAUGAGGACAUGAAUCCUAUUCAAGCUGCUUUCGCAGUCGUUCACAAGAACAUUAGACCGGCUAUACCGGGAGAUUGUCCAGCAGCCAUGAAAGCUCUGAUAGAGCAGUGUUGGUCGGUUGGACCGGAUAAGAGACCCGAGUUCUGGCAGAUAGUGAAAGUGCUUGAGCAGUUUCAGACGUCGCUGGCACGUGAAGGAAGCUUGAAUCUGAGUUCGAACAAGAUCUGCAAGGACCCAAGGAAAGGUCUGAAGCAUUGGAUUAAGAAGCUUGGACCGGCGCAGGGAGGAGGAGAAAGAGGAGGAGGCAGUAGCAGCAGCGGCCUUGGUGGCUCAGCCUUGCCUAAGCCUAAAUUCGCUUGA